AAAGGUUCCAAUUCCUAAAAUAACAUUUUUCUAGUGUCAAUUCCACCGUAAACAGUGUUUUAUGUCCAUCAUAGCAUUUACACUGUAAAACUGCUUACCUAACCACCGAAGCAACCAAUCACGGUGAAGCAAAUUCCGAUUCAACCUCACAGCUCUCACUCGCGGUCAUUCCGAAUACACCCAUCAUCCUCGAGCAACGGACACUUACAAGUGCCAGACAGACAAUCAAAAUGGCCGAUAGAGAUCCUCGCUUCAACCAGAGUGUCCUGGUGGACACCACCCCGAUGCCCGCCAGUAUUCCCAAGGUCGAAGAGGUCGGAGCGACGUCAGCGCCGUUGACGAGCGCAGCGUAUUUUAUCGGAGACCGGUGCCAGGCGUUCAACGACGAUUACAUGAAGUGCAAGAGCGAGGCGAAUGGACGCGGGGAACUGGAAUGUUUGAAGGAGGGUCGCAAGGUCACUCGUUGUGCGGCUAGUGUUAUCAAGGAUAUCAACACCAACUGCUUGAAGCAGUUCACUGCCCACUGGGAGUGUCUGGAGAACAACAACCACAACCUGUGGGAAUGCCGCAGGCCCGAGAUGCAAUUGAACAACUGCGUUUUUGAGAAGCUGGGCCUCAAGAAGAAUAUCCCCGGUGCUCCGGAGAAUCAGACUCCCGUACAUCUCCGGCCUAAGCAGCUCUAUGCUCAAUAUGCCGGUCCUCAGUACUAGAAUAAACUGUAUUACUUUCCUUACUCGGUUUCUUUUUCCUGGUUCUGGGCACUUUAUGUUUGUGUAUAUAUUAGCAUCAAUGGUAUGGGUUUGAGUGCUUCAAUCUAUCAGAAUAUUAUGUCUAUCUCGGUAACAAUAUACAAAUAACCUCC